AUGGACGCACGAGGCAUCAACCUUUCAACCGUCAGCGUCACAGCCCCGGGCGUCGCCUUUCUCCGCCACGAUGCCCCUGCCGCCGGCCUCCCCUCGAUGGAGUUCAUGGGUGGGCUGAGCGUGGCAGAGUCGGUUGCUCAGCGGGCGGGGUAUUACUUCGAGACGGCGUCGGCCACGUCGGCGGUGCAGCUGGCGGCGCUGAAGAGUUUUCUGGGCACGGGGAGGAUCCUGGCGGGGACGGAUUAUCCGUCUGUCCCGAGCAACCAGAUUGCGGCGACGUUGCCGACGAUCCAGACGAAUGGGGGGUUUAAUACCUCCGAAAUGGGGGGGAUUCAUGCGGAGAAUGCGUUGCGGUUGUUUCCGCGCGUAGCGACGGUGUUGGGAGUGUUUUGA